AAAUAGGUUCUGUGGUCAGGUGAAAGUCCACAGACACCAACAGAUCAUUAACCUUCACUUCUCUCUUUCCGUUUAACCCCACAGCUCACUGGUUUUCAUGCUUGAUCAAGAAGGACUCACUCAGCUACAGGGACAUGGACAACGAUUGUAAGAGCCAGAAUCAUCUUGAGGAGCAGGGCCCCAAAAUGACCUCAACUGAAAUGCCACAUCAAAAUGUCAACAAACCUAAAGAGUCUGUAGGAAUCCAAAGGACAGAGUCAGACAUGAUCUACACCAUUGAAGACACCCCUUCUUGGUACCUAUGUAUUUUACUCGGAUUGCAGCAUUACCUGACAUGUUUCAGCGGAACUGUAGCGGUUCCUUUUCUCCUGGCUGAGGCAAUGUGCGUUGGCAGAGACCAGAGCAUGAUUAGUCAAUUAAUUGGAACUAUUUUUACCACGGUUGGAAUCACAACAUUGAUCCAGACUACCGUAGGAAUCAGACUACCCCUGUUUCAGGCUAGUGCGUUUGCUUUCCUGAUUCCUGCUCAGGCGAUCCUUGGUUUGGACCGGUGGAAGUGUCCCAGUGAUGAUGAGAUCUAUGGAAACUGGAGUCUUCCUCUAAACACCUCCCACAUCUGGCAACCACGCAUUCGAGAGAUCCAGGGCGCCAUCAUUGUGGCCAGUCUGGUGGAGGUGCUGAUUGGUAUGUGUGGACUUCCGGGUUUGCUGCUGGAAUACAUAGGCCCCCUCACCAUCACACCGACUGUGUCACUGAUUGGCUUGUCAGUCUUCACCACAGCCGGAGACCGAGCUGGUUCCCACUGGGGCCUGUCAGCACUGUGCAUUUUGCUCAUUGUGCUGUUUGCUCAGUACCUGAGAGCUACAUCAAUUCCUGUUCUGGCUUACAGCAGGAAGAAGGGCCUGAGAACUACUAGAGUCCAGAUUUUCAAAAUGUUCCCCAUUAUCCUUGCCAUCAUGCUUGUCUGGCUUGUCUGUUAUGUGCUCACUCUGACCCAUCUGUUGCCAAGUGAUCCCGAUCAUUAUGGUUACAAGGCUCGUACUGAUGCUCGUGGUGACAUAAUGACUUCAUCACCCUGGUUCAGGGUCCCCUACCCCUGUCAGUGGGGGUUGCCAGUGGUAACGCUCGCUGGGGUUUUGGGGAUGCUUAGUGCGACUCUGGCAGGAAUUGUGGAAUCAAUCGGAGACUAUUAUGCAUGUGCUCGACUGUCAGGAGCAACACCCCCUCCAGUACAUGCUAUCAACAGGGGGAUCUUUACUGAGGGUGUAUGCUGUAUAAUUGCUGGUCUGCUGGGGACUGGAAAUGGAUCCACCUCCUCAAGCCCAAAUAUAGGUGUCCUGGGCAUCACCAAGGUGGGAAGCAGGCGGGUGGUGCAGUAUGGAGCAGGGAUCAUGUUUCUGUUGGGAUCAGUUGGAAAGUUUACUGCUCUCUUUGCCUCUCUGCCUGAUCCCAUUCUCGGAGGAAUGUUUUGUACGCUUUUUGGUAUGAUCACAGCUGUUGGGCUGUCAAACCUACAGCUGGUAGAUUUGAACUCAUCCAGAAACCUCUUUGUUCUUGGAUUCUCAAUUUUCUUUGGUCUGACGCUGCCAACGUACCUGGAUACACAUCCCAACUCUAUUCGCACAGGUGUUGUGGAGCUGGAUCAAAUCCUGACAGUUCUUCUGUCUACUGAGAUGUUUGUUGGAGGUUUUCUGGCAUUUUGUCUGGACAACACAAUACCAGGGACUAGACAGGAGCGAGGUUUGGUUGAUUGGCGAUGUUUCUCCUCCUUCACUUCAUCAACCUCCUCCUAUGAUUUUCCUGUGGGGAUGUCGGUCAUUAGAAAAAGUCGCUGGCUGCACCGUUUUCCCGUCUGCCCUUUAUUCACAGGAUUCACAUCAUCUGACAACAUCCCCAUCCCUAAGGGGGAGGAACAAGACAGAGGAAGAGAAGAGGAUGCAUCUGACAUCAGCACCAAGCAACCAAAUGAUUAAGCAAUAACCCAUUCAUAGGCACAUGAGUCAAUACAUGAGCGAAGCACAGAAGGGCAUUGGUAAGGAUACCAGAGGAGCCAAACACCACCCCCUGGUAGACAGAACAGUCCCCCAAGACUGCAGAAUGUGACACACCAACCUGUGCACAGCCUGGAUCGACUACAAGAAAGCCUAUGACUCAAUGCCACACACAUGAAUCACUGAAUGCUUGGAGCUGUACAACAUCAACAGAACUCUAAGGGCCUUCAUUGCAAACUCGAUGAGGUUGUGGAGAACCACCCUUGAAGCCAAUGAGAAGCCACUUGCCCAAGUAUCCAUCAAAUGUGGCAUAUACCAAGGAGAUGCACUGUCCCCACUGCUGUUCUGCAUAGGUCUGAACCCCCUCAGCCAAAUAAUAAACAAGACUGGCUAUGGAUACCGACUCCGGAACGGGGCCACCAUAAGUCACCUCCUCUACAUGGAUGACAUCAAGCUGUACGCCAAGAGUGAGCGAGACAUCGACUCGCUGAGCCACACCACCAGGAUCUACAGCUCGGACAUCGGGAUGUCAUUCGGACUCGAGAAAUGUGGGAGGAUGGUGACAAAGAGAGGCAAGGUAAUCCACACAGAAGGGGUCUCACUCCCAGAAGGAACAAUAGCAGACAUUGAGGACAAUUACAAGUACCUUGGAAUACCACAGGCAAACGGCAACCUUGAACAGGCAACAAGGAAUGCGGCAACAGCCAAAUACCUCCAACGAGUAAGGCAAGUCCUAAGAAGCCAGCUCAAUGGCAAGAACAAAUCCCGGGCAAUAAACAGCUACGCUCUGCCAGUGAUCAGAUACCCUGCGGGAAUAAUAAGGUGGCCAAAGGAAGAGAUACAGACCACAGAUGUUAAGACACGAAAGCUCCUCACCAUGCAUGGAGGGUUCCACCCCAAAUCCAGCACCCUGAGACUGUACGCUAGCCGCAAGGAAGGAGGCCGAGGACUAGUGAGCGUGAGAGCCACUAUCCAGGAUGAAACAUCCAAGAUCCAUAAGUACAUCAAGGAUAAGGCCCCGACAGAUGACGUGCUGAGUGAAUGUCUCAGGCAGUGGAGAACAGAGGAUGAGAUGCUGGAAGAGGGACCAUCAUGGGAGGACAAGCCCUUGCACGGGAUGUACCACCAGAACAUAACUGAAGUGGCUGAUCUCAACAAAUCCUACCAAUGGCUUGAAAGGGCUGGGCUGAAGGACAGCACAGAGGCACUCAUCCUGGCUGCACAGGAGCAGGCCCUGAGCACCAGAGCCAUAGAGGCCCAGAUCUACCACACCAGACAAGACCCAAGGUGUAGACUGUGCAAAGAGGCCCCAGAGACGGUCCAGCACAUAACUGCAGGGUGUAAGAUGCUGGCAGGCAAAGCAUACAUGGAACGCCAUAACCAAGUGGCUGGCAUAGUAUACAGGAACAUCUGCGCGGAGUAUGGACUGGAAACCCCAAGGUCAAAGUGGGAAACACCUCCCAAGGUGGUAGAGAACGAGUGAGCCAAGAUCCUGUGGGACUUCCAGAUACAGACAGACAGAAUGGUAAUGGCGAACCAACCAGACAUUGUGGUGGUGGACAAAGAGCAGAGGAAAGCCGUAGUGGUGGAUGUGGCAAUACCAAGCGAUGGCAACAUCAGGAAAAAGGAACAUGAGAAACUAGAGAAAUACCAAGGGCUCAGAGAAGAACUGGAGAAGGCUUGGAAGGUGAAGGCCACAGUGGUGCCUGUGGUGAUCGGAGCACUAGGGGCUGUGACCCCCAAACUGGAGGAGUGGCUACGACAGAUCCCUGGAAAAACAUCUGAAAUCUCAGUCCAGAAAAGUGCAGUCCUAGGAACAGCAAGGAUACUGCGCAGAACCCUCAAGCUCCCUGGCCUCUGGUAGAGGACCCAAGCUUGGAAAGUGGAUGAGACCACCCGCGGAGGGUGAGAAUAGAGUGUAUAUAUAUAUAUAUAUUAAUAUAUAUUUUGAAAAAUGUUUUAUCCUAUAAAUCUGAUUAAUCAAAAUCAGAUCCAGGAACUGGAUACACCUAGUGGGAUCCCUCAACUUCUGUAUCAGUGUGAUGAUCACAGAAUGGUCACUUUCUUUUACAACGCCAUGACUUAUAUGCAGUGUUGAUAUAGUUUUUCAUAUUCCCAUGUUGCGCUCACAAUUUGUGACUGGCAUUGUACCAUUGGCCCAAUACAUUAGAUUAACACCACAUUUUACAACACACAUCGUAACACACAUCAGUGUGUUAUGUUUAACAGGGACAUUUCAACAAAGAACUGGGGUGCUUUCAUGCUUUCAUGAAAUAAUUUACAGCCUCGUUUGCUUUAUUGUCCAUUAUAAAGUGUCUUCACACUGUAUGGCUCUGGUUCUGUAAUAUGAUGUAGAUGGUCUGGUCACAGACAGCUUGUCUAAGGUGCGUCGCACUCGUUGCUGCACUUUGGCGUUUUAAUUUAUGUCCUUGCCACCAAAUCGUUUGAUGUCAUACAGAAAUGCUCAUGGACAAGAAAACCAAUAGUGAGCAUGCGCUGCUUAUAUGUAGAACUAGACCAAAUGUAUGAAUGAGAAGCUGCUGGCUGCUCAGAUUCCACACAACGUUGAAGAUACACAACGAUACAAAAGACGAGUUAAAUGUAAAAUCUGAAAACACAGUAACAACAGACACUCGAGAACAGCUGCUGGCGCUAACGUAGCAAAUGAAGACACUUUAUAAAAGUACUGGAUAUAUCGUAACAUUGAGUCAAAGUGGUCGCAAGCUAACUUGUCUGCUGCACGAGACCUCCUUAUACUUGUUAGGUACAUUUAAUGUGGGGGGGUGAGGGCAGAUCUACCUAUGGUUCAGUGAUUCCAUACGUGGACUUAUGGCCUGUUUUUGUUGGAGUGGUCAUGGGAUCGAAUCCCGUUAAAAUUUGUAUUAUUUCAAGGGAAUGUUUUUAUUUAUAAUUGAUGAAUAUUAAACUUAGAAGACAAAACGCAGAGGUUUGACAUUUGAUAAUUUAUUGAAAGCAGAGCGUAGCAAUUUAGGAGCAGACUCACUUUCCUCACUUUCCUUUAGCCACUUACGUAACUAUAACACGAGCAAUGUACAAACUGCGUCAGGUGGUUUCUUGUAUAACUCUAUUUACCUAGAUCAUGUACAGACGACAAGACAUUAACAUGGCAUCGGCGUGGAAUGCUAACAUGCCUCCUUCUUGCUACAAACAGCUGUCAUAACUAAGAGCAGCUAGGACGGGAGUCGAUCGGCCAGUUAACGUGGUUGUGACUUAAUAUGGAUAACCGGGCCUCCCUAAUAUUUUUGGCUAUGCUUAACGUUACUGCGUGUGUGUGUCAUACAGGGAAGGCCUGCUGUUUUUUCUUUACCCCUAUAAUAUGUUUUAUGUUCUUUCGCUUUUAAACUGGGUUCUAAGUCCCCUCUGUGACGGGAGUAGUUUGAAUUUAAUUAUACGAGGAAGCCAAGAGGUGCCGGGUUGUUGCACGUUUUAUUUCAAUUAUUUUAUCCUGUCGGGGGGGGGGGUUCUGAUAUACUCCAGGUUGAGAGGGUUGUGUGGGCAGGUCCCGUUUGUAGUUUGCGGUGGAGUGUGUUCUUGUUUUAGUUGCAUGUGUGUGAUUAGUGGCAGGCCCACAUCUCCUCCAUAACAGGGGCUAAGUAGCCUCCCCCUAACCUGGCUGAGUUUUGUGUUUUGUUCCCUGUUAAUCUCACUUUGGUCAUUACUUGUGAUAACGGUUUUAAUUCUGUUACAUAUGCUUUUAUUAUAUUGGGGUUUCUGAUGUUUUAGUGGUUGCUGUGCUUUUUAACGCAUUAUUGUUAACCUGUGCAAUAAACUGUGUUGAACCUACUGUACACCUGCUUGUGACAAACUUAAUUGUGUGGAUUGACCCAAGGGGCAAAUAUUACUGCCUGCCUGUCUGCCUGCCUGGCUGCCAGCCUGCCUGCCAGCCAUACAGCCAUACAAACAGGCUGAAGAGGCUGACGUGGAGUCGUUAAACAUGGAAAAGCAGACUAACCAUGAGAAAGAGAUGUGUGACAGUGAUUUGGAUGUAAACAGUGCUGCUGAUGCACAAAACGUAAAGAUGGCAGAAGGUGAAAAAGAACUCUAUAAAAAGGAAAAGCAAAGCUAAUGUAAACAGCUGCCGAGACCAGUUUCGAGUUGUGAAAACGGCAGAGGGGAAGAAGCUGGACAGUCAACAAUUACCUCCAGCAUCCGACCUUAGGGAGGAUGACAUCUCUCAAUUUACAAACAAUGAAGUGUCUGAUUGUAGAUAUCAGUCACAGAAGCCUAAGGCCUACAGUGUUUAUAGAGCUAAGCUGUUUCUGUUGCAGACAAAGAAUAUGAAGGGAGUGAAAUUUGAAGAUCAUUUCCCAGACAAAGAAAGUUUUGUAAAAUCAGUUCGUGGGCAGUUGAGAAGCAGAGGCAAAGGGGGUUAUACUGAUCAAGAGGUUUAUAGAAACUGGUGCACAAUGUGAGUCAAGAACUUCAAAAUGAUAAUGGUAGUCUUUUAUAAAUGAAAUUGUAGUAGUGUAAAUUGUGUAGUAUUUAAUGAUUUUUUUAAAUUAUUUUUUCUUUCCUUCAUUAUGGUUAUAAUUUUGUGAACUGUUAGUUGCUGAACUGCUGCUUACGUGAAUGUUGUUUUUUUUAAACUGGACAAUUAAACUCUGAAAAAUUAAACCGAAUCUCUUUCUCUCUC